AUGACGAAUAUAGGGAAUAUAGGAGCAGAUCGAGCAAUCGCUGAUGAGGAUAAGGAUGAGGAUAAGGAUGAAGAUAAGGAUGAAGAUAAGGAUGAAGAUGAGGAUAAGGAUGAGGAUAAGGAUGAGGAUGAGGAUGAAGAUGAGGAUGAGGAUGAGGAUGAGGAUGAGGAUGAGGAUAAGGAUGAGAAUGAGGAUGAGGAUGAGGAUGGAUAA